AUGGUUGUCGGAGUACCAUCACCGGUGACAAUUGUCGAAGAAGGAGAUAUUCACGUGUGUGAACUAUCAACUUCUGUAGUUGAGUCAACAUCUAUUUUGUCCAAUGUAACAGAAUUACCUAUUGAUCAAACAACUAAUAUUAUUGAAUAUCCCUUUGAACUGUUAUCUGGUGAAGAAUUAAUUUAUCAUGGAGCUGACUUGACCGAUGGUUGCAUUUAUUUAACAGCUUACCGUUUAUUUAUAAUUUCAAAUCAAUCAUCAUCCCAUUGUUCAUUUAUUAAUUGUCCUGUUGGGUUAAUUGAAUCAGUUGAAAUAAAAGAUAAUAUUCAUUUAUAUAUUCAAUGUAAAGACAUUCGUUCGUUUCGUGUAAUGUUUAUGACAACAGAGAAAUGUAAUUAUUGGUUAAGAAAAUUGAAUGAAUCUUUAUUAACAUUACUAACAUCAAACGAUUUAUUUUCUAUAAAAUAUGCAUUAGCUAAAUCUCAACAAGAUAAUGAUAUUAAGAUUGAUUGUAUUCGACAGGAAUUUGUACGCCUACGAUUAGAUCAAUCACCAUGGCGUAUAACAGAAAUAAAUACUGAUUAUAAGUUUUCUCCAAGUUAUCCAAAUAUUUGUAUUGUUCCAGCAAGUAUAACUGAUGACGAAGUUCGGGAAGUAGCAAAAUUUCGAUCACAUAAACGUUUUCCAACUAUUGUUUGGAGACAUACUAACGGUGCAAUCAUUGCACGAACAAGUCAACCAGAAGUUGGAUGGCUCUUUUGGCGUUCAAAAGAAGAUGAAAAAAUGAUUCAAGCCAUUAUAAAUGCUUGUAAACCAACAGAGACACAAGUUUCGACUACUUCGAAUGAAAACAAUGCAAAUCGCUUAUUAAUUCUUGAUGCAAGAAGUUAUGCAGCUGCACUUGCCAAUCGUGCGAAAGGUGGUGGCUUUGAACAUCCACCAUAUUAUCUUGAUUGUGAUGUACAAUUUAUGAAUUUACCAAAUAUUCAUGCUAUAAGAAAAAGUGCACAAAUGUUAAGAGUAGCAGUUACAAAUGUAGCACAAGGAGAAACUUGGCUUUCACAAAUAGAAUCAUCGAGAUGGCUACAUAAUCUAUCUGCAUUAAUCAGUGCAGCGUCAUUUGUUGUUGAUACUGUUCAUAAUCAAGCUCGACCCGUACUAAUUCAUUGUUCAGAUGGUUGGGAUCGUACUCCACAAAUAACGACAUUAGCUGAGAUUAUGCUUGAUCCAUAUUAUCGUACAAUAGAAGGUUUUCAAGCAUUGAUACAACGUGAAUGGAUUGCAUUUGGUCAUAAAUUUGCCGAUCGUUGUGGACAUUGGAAUGGAUCCAAUGAUCUCAAUGAACGUAGUCCAGUUUUUCUUCAAUGGCUCGAUUGCAUUUAUCAAUUGUACACUCAACAUCCAACUGCAUUUGAAUUCAAUGAAAAUUUUCUUUUAAAAUUAGCUAAUCAUACAUAUACUUGUUUAUAUGGUACAUUUAUAUGUAAUACAGAUUCUGAUCGAAGAGCAAAUAAUUUAGAAACUCGAACACUAAGCCUAUGGAAUUUAUUUAAUAUUAACUCAAAACGAUUUAUUAAUCUAUUAUAUAGUAAAAUAAAAAAAGACAUUCUUUAUCCAUCGUCUUCUGUUCGUGAUUUAACCAUUUGGUCAAAUUUAUACUUGCGUGAUAUUCGUUAUACUCCAAUGGGUUCUUCUGAGCAUGUUUCAAAACCAAUCCCAGCACGAAUUCGUUCCUAUGAAGAUCUAUCGAAAUUAACAACAAAUACUUUACAUCGUUCAACCUCUGAUCCAAGUUUAAGUGAUUCCUUGCCUAUUGAAUCAACGUCAAUAACAACAUGUCUUAAUAAUAAUCCUCUAUUAUUCCCACCACAAUCUCCAUUUAAUCGUUCACAAAAUUCAACAUCGACAAAUAGUUUAUUUGGUCAGCCGCAUCAUCUUGGAACAUUAAACGAUAGUCAUCCAAAUGUAAUAAAUAAUUCAAAUACAAAUCAAAUAUCAAUACCAAUUAAUAUUAGUCCUGAUAAUCGAAUAAAACAGCAUAGUUUUACUACAGAUGAUUCAUCACCAGAUUUAACACAAUUAGCAUUAUCCUAUCAACGCUAUUCAUUGAAUCCUCACAGUGUUGAUAAUCUAUUACGAGCAAUGUCACGUCCUAGAAAAUAUACAAAUUCAACAUCAAGUACCACAUCGAGUUUAUCAGACGCAUGGUCGUUAACAAAAAUUAAUUCCUAUGACCCACAUCAAACCCAAAAAAUGAUGCAGCAUAUGACAUCAAAUAAAAUCAUAAAAUCAAUACGAAAACGUAUUGAUACAGAUGGAUUAACUAAAGUUUCUGAUAAAGUUACAUCAAAAAUGCUGGAAAAAGAACGAACUUAUCAACAAAGAGCCGAAAAUCUUCGUGAACAUAAACGACAAAUGCAAAGAUUUGUAUACACUUUAAUUAAUAUUAAUCAUAAUCAAAAUGCAUCACCUCGAAUGGAUGUAAUAUCAGAAAGUAAUAUAAACACAAUAGAAACAUUUUCAUGUUCAUCAUGGCAAAAAAUCGAUAAUACAGAUGCUUCUAUUACACGUUGGACGCCAGAUUUUAAUGCACAAACAUGUCAUUCAUGUAUGGCUAAAUUUCAGCAAUGGCCUAUUUCACGUAAACAUCAUUGUCGAAUAUGUGGAAAUGUAUUUUGUAAUGCCUGUGCCGAUUAUUACAAAUUAAUUCCAGCACUGAAUUUAAAAGAACCUGUACGCGUUUGUUGUGACUGUUUUCCUGCAAUUGAUGACAGUAAUAAUAAUAAUAAUAUUAAUAAUGGAAAUUCUGAACCGGCAAGAACUGCUGCACCAAUACCUAUACAAAGUGGUUGUCGACAAUCGAAUGGAUCAUUUAAUUCACCUGGUGGACAAAAAGUUAAAGGAUAA